ACACAAAACCACACACACACACACACACACAGUAUUUUACUGCAUCAAAAUGAAUCGGACACAAAGCGUGAGUUUUCGCUUGAAAGCAAUGCUUACACACAGACCGGAGUGUGGAGAAGACUGGAAGACAAUGGACGAGAUUGACCUGCGUGCCUACGUGGGGCUGCUGAUCUUAGCCGGUCCAGAGGUGAACCUACCUCCAACCUUUGGGAUGCCCAAACUGGAAGAGCCAUUUUUCAUGCUACCAUGCCCCUGAAGUCCUUUCACACUCUCUCGAGAAUGAUCAGAUUUGACAGCCGUGAGUUCAGACGGGCGGGGCGUGUCCCAGACAAACUGGCGCCAAUCCGGAACGUCUGGGAGAAGUGGGCGGAGCGUCUACCUUGCCUUUACAACCCUGGGCCUGAAGUGACCGUGGGCGAGCAGCUGGGUCCGUUCAGAGGUUGCUGUCCUUUCCGGCAGUAUAUUCCCAGCAAGCCGGGAAAGUACGGAAUCAAGAUACGGACCCUCUGUGACGCCACAUCCAGCUACGUGUGGAACAUGCAAGUGAACACUAGGAAGGCUGCCAGUGGAGCUCUGGAGAAAAAUGGAGGCGUGCGUAUCCUGCUAGACAUGACUGAAGGUCUGAGGUGGCGCAAUAUUACGUGCGACAGUUCCUUCACCUCAUACGAACUCGGCCAGGAGCUCCUGAAGAGGAAGAUGACCAUGGUGGGCGAGGUUAGAAAGAACAGAAAGGGCCGCGAGGUCUUCUCCUCCAAGUUUGCCUUCAUCCCCUCCGCCACUCUUGUUUCUUACUGCCCGAAGAGGAACAGGAGCGCGGUCCUCCUGAGCACCCUGCACAAGGACGCUGAGGUCGGUGACGGCGAGGACAGGAAGCCAGCCGUCGUCAUGGACUACAACCGUAGCAAAGGAGGAGUGGUCAAUCUGGGAAAAGCCACUGGAAUUUACAGCUGUAAGCGGGUGACCGCCCGCUGGCCCCUGGUCAUCUUCUACAACAUCAUCGACGUGUCCUCCCACAACGCCGUCAUCAUCUGGAACAAGCUCAACCCUACCUGGAUGGCCGGCAAGCGGAGUAAGAAGAGGGCGUUUUUGGACCAGCUGGGAAGAGAGCUUGUGACCCCCCAAAUACAAAGAAGGGGGCACCCCCACCCCGCACGGCGGCUCCGGCGGCCCUCGCGAGAGCCGUCCAGGGGGUGGAACCUGGCCCCAAUCCGCCCGAGGUUCCGUCUGCAGCCGCUUUAGCCGGGGGAGGCAAACGCAGGAGAUGCCAUUUCUGCCCAACGAAGAAGGGCUGUAAAACAAACACCACGUGCUGCAAGUGCGGGAAAUGCAUCUGCAAAGAGCACGCUUGCAGGCUCGCGUACUGUCGCCCAUGCGCCGAGUGGAGAAACACGCAGCCAAGCGCUGGGCACUCUAUUGCCCUGUAAAAUAAUAACAAAGUUUAAGAAUGUUAUUUCUUAUGUUACCUUUCAGUAAAAUACAUUGAAAUCUUGUUUUGUAAUUUUGUAAGCUAUUGGUGUGCUAUCUCUUUCUGAAGAACGAAAAACUGAAUGGAAUCAAUUUUUUUACACUUUUGAAGUAAUAAUAUUUUUUUUAAUUAGACAGUGCACACAUACAAAUAAAUUCAUAAUCAAAGUUAAGCAUCACACGUCUAUUACAGCAAGAAAAGUCAAUUGUGUGUUUUUUUUUGUAAAAAUGAGUGGUAUAGACAGAAUAAAUGCAAUCACUGUGGACUAUUCGCUGAUUUGUUCAUGAGUGACAGGUUGUUUCUACAUGAAAAAUAUAUUUUGGGUUUAAAAUUCAAUCAUUGGGGGAUAAUGAGGGUGGGUAAUUUUUGACUCUGUAGACAUGGGUUGCAUGCAUAAUAUAAAGAUUGCACAAGGGUGAUUUACAUACACAUUCACCCACACAGGCAUACACACACACGCACACACAUGCACACGCAUGUGCAGACACACACACACACACACACUCAUGUAUGUAAUUGAAUAUUUUUGGCAU